AAAAUGAAGAUGUACUCUAGUGAAGUGACCAGUGUUUAGCUUUCCUCCCAAAAGCCAGCAAACCCUAGAAAUUCCGAUCCCGAUGGAGCUCGACGGCGAGCAGCCUCCGAUCAGUGGCCUCGGGAUCGGCAUCCCGGUGGCUUACCCUUGGUGGUGAUCAUCUCUCAAGAGCCGGCCAUGGGGUGCAUCUGCGGGAAGCCCGCCGUUGCCGAGGACGGCGGCGCGGCGCCGGUGGCCUCGAAGCUCGCAUCGUCGGUGUCUGCUUCGAGGCGUGAGGAGGUUGUGGCGGGCUCGCGAGGCACCGGCGUUCCGGUGUAUGUAGGGGAGAAGAAGCAGGGGAGCGGGCCGGUAAGGGUCCGGGCUCAGGAUGGGGAGAGGAAGAGGGAGAGGCAAGGGCAAGAGCUGCGUCCAUUGCCGAACAUUCCGAAGGCUCUGGAAGGGGAGCAGGUAGCCGCUGGGUGGCCGGUUUGGCUUGCGUCUGUUGCGGCGGAGGCUAUCCGGGGAUGGGUGCCCCGGCGUGCUGAUUCCUUUGAGAAACUUGAUAAAAUUGGUCAGGGUACGUACAGUAAUGUAUAUCGGGCUCGUGACCUUGAUAGUGGAAAAAUUGUGGCUUUGAAAAAAGUACGCUUUGAUAACCUUGAGCCAGAAAGUGUUCGAUUCAUGGCUAGAGAAAUACACAUUCUGCGUAGACUUGAUCAUCCAAAUAUAGUGAAGCUGGAAGGCCUAGUAACAUCACGAAUGUCUUGCAGCUUAUACCUUGUUUUUGAGUACAUGGAACAUGAUCUUGCUGGCCUUGCCUCUUUCCCUGGUAUCAAAUUCACAGAACCACAGGUCAAAUGUUAUAUUCAGCAACUGCUACGUGGACUUGAUCAUUGUCAUACCCGUGGUGUUCUGCAUAGAGACAUCAAGGGUUCCAAUCUUUUGAUUGACAAAUGUGGCAUACUCAAAAUUGCAGACUUUGGCUUAGCAAGUUUCUUUGAUCCUGAACAACGUCACCCUUUGACUAGCCGUGUAGUUACAUUAUGGUACAGACCUCCUGAGCUUCUACUUGGGGCCACUAAUUAUGGAGUUGCGGUGGAUUUAUGGAGCACUGGUUGCAUUCUUGCUGAACUCUAUGCUGGAAAACCUAUAAUGCCCGGGAGAACAGAGGUAGAGCAACUCCACAAAAUUUUCAAGCUGUGUGGAUCUCCAUCUGAAGAUUAUUGGAGGAAGUCCAAAUUGCCUCAUGCUACAAUUUUUAAACCACAGCAGCCUUAUAAGCGAUGUGUUGCGGAAACGUUUAAAGACUUUCCUCCAUCUGCUUUAUCACUUAUGGAUAUCCUUCUUUCAAUAGAUCCAGCAGACCGGGGAACUGCAGCAUCUGCUCUCACGAGUGAGUUCUUUACAACGGAGCCAGUCGCUUGUGACCCUUCAAGCUUGCCAAAGUACCCUCCAAGCAAAGAGUUUGAUGCGAAAUUACGAGAUGAGGAAGCUAGAAGGCGAGGAUCCAAGGUGCAUAGGCUUGAUCUAGAAAAGAAAGGAACGAGAGAAUCUAGAGCAGUCCCUGCACCGGAUGCUAAUGCUGAGUUAGCAAUCUCAAUGCAGAAAAGGCAAGCUCAACCUAAUUCCAAAAGCAGGAGUGAGAAAUUCAAUCCACACCAGGAAGAGGUUGCUUCUGGCUUCCCUAUUGAACCGCCUAGGCCAACACAAGUCCUGGAAGCAAAUGAAGAACCUCGUGGUCAUUAUUCCAAUAGAGCCUCCCAUUCAGGGCCUUUGACUCACCGAAGUCAAUGGACGAAGGCUCACAAAAAUGAGGAUCCUGUGCCCAAGGUUUCUUCAGCAGCCAAUUUGUUAGCUCUAUCUAAUAUAGUAGCAAUGAGGAAGAAUGGGGUAUUAGAGGGUGGUGACAAGCAUGGUGCUCAAUUUGAAGGUGCCAUUCCACCUGGCAGAUUGUCUGAAUCGGUUAAUGACACUGCAGAUGCCUCGAAAAAUUAUGAUCAAUUAUAUCAUUCCCAUGGACUUUCAGGCUCUCGACGGAAGGAUGAAGAAAAGAGUGCCAACACAGAGCAAACUUUGCUUGGCUAUGGAUCGAAGGGAAACAAAAACCACUAUUCCGGGCCACUGCUUCGUCCCUCAGGUAAUGUUGAUCAGAUACUCAAAGACCAUGAUCGCCAAAUUCAAGAAGUUGUCCGACAGGCUCGAAUUGACAGAUCGAAAGCAAGAAAAGUUCAAGCCGAUGGAAACCAGACCGGCAAUAAACCUUCAGAUUUCGGGGUCUUUCCAUUGUACCCCUCCAGCCGAGGAUCAUCGGUUCCCGUCUUCACCUCAAGUCGCGGAGCUGCUCAAUAGAACAUCCUCAGGAACAUAUUUCCUUCCAAGGACUCUUUAUAUUUGUUUAUGUAGAGUUUGUAUAGAGGUCUGUGAUGUUUGUCUAUGAAUCAUUUUAAGGCUAUUGUUUUGCCAGUUGAGAGAUGAUGUAGCCAUUCUAUUCAAAUGGUACUUUAGGGACUGUACUACUUUGCAUUGAUUUGAACCAUCAACCAAGAAUCUCCAAUUCAUUGUUAUUCAUAAUAUUGUAAUAACUUGCUUGGGGAUAAUAGCAGUUUGAGCUCAUCCUCUGAAGUAUCUUUGCUUAUGUUGUUUCA